AUGGCCAGCGGCUUGUUCGCCUCCGGCGUGCCGGCCAAGAUGCCGAAGUUCCUCUUGCCGCUGCGCAUCGUCAUCAUCGUCCUGUCCGUCGUCGUGCUCGCCCUCGCCGCGUUCGCGCUGUCCGUCUUUGGCUCUCGUGCCGGCUACCUCGGCAGCUACUCGGGCGCCCCCGGCCUGCUCAUCUUUGUCGCCGUCAAGACGUGGCUCAUCUACGGCAUCCUCCUCUUUGUUGAGAUCUCGAUGCCGCGCAGCUUCCCGCGCAUCGCCGCCGCCGUCGCCUACGCGCUCAGCAUCAUCUUCUGGCUGUCCGCCUGGGCCUGGGCCGCCUCGGUGGCCGCGCUCUGGCUGUCGACCGUCUGCUACGACGGCACCUGCGUCAAGCCCAACAGCUACGCCGCCAAGGAGGGCGGGGCUCUGGCGGCGUCGGCGGGCCUCGGCGCCAUCAUCUGGGUGCUGUCGAUUGUCAACCUCUUUUGCAUGGUCCGCGCCUGCGUGAGCGACCGUCCGGCCGUCCACCAGUCCGAGAUGGGCCCGGUCGGCAUGGGUGGCGGCUACAGCAGCGUCGAGCCCAACAAGGAGGCCCAGACCCUCAUCUACUCGACAGACCCGGCCGCGUCGGCCGCCCCGUACGGCCAGCCGCCGGUGGAGUACCCGCCGCAGACGGCCUACGACCAGCAGUCCAUCUAUGACCCACAGCAGCCAGUCUAUGGCCAGCCGCAGACGGCCUACGGCCAGCAGCAGCAGCCUCUCUACGGCCAACCACAGCCCGCGUACAGCCAUCAGACGGCGUCCUACUAG